GUGCAUGACAUGUCCAGUAAUCUUUCUGUUAGACUGUGCAUUAGUCAGAACCUUAUUUGAGACAUCUCUCAGUCUGGGUCACUGAACUUCAUAGAGAUAUCAAGAAACUGAUCAAGAUCCAGAGGGCUCGAUCAACCUGAUGGAGGAUGAAGAAUCCCAGAGAAAAAUAAAAAAAGUCAAGCAGGCUCACUUUGGAAAAAAUAGACACACCUUGUUGCCUUAAUGCUGGGGAGGUUUCCGUGAAAAGAACAACACUGGGUUUGCUUAUGUCUGCAGAAAGAUGACUAUAAGGAAAGGCACCUCCACAAACCAAGAAAAACUUCCUUAGGACAUAGGCAGAGCUAUUUCUGACUCGGGAGAUUAUUUCGAUCUUGGGAUGAACUCUUUUGGGGCCAUUGGCCCUGGAAAUAUUCAAGAAGCUGCCUGUUCUGCUCUGGGUGGUUCAAAUAUCCACCAGCCUGGUGACCACUAAGUGCCUCUAGGGGUCCCACUCCAGCUGUGUAAUAACUUUCCUGGCAGCCCCCUGGGGAAGGAAGGGUAGGUGGAGUCCAAGUGAAGUGCUCCCCAGUUUUCCUGGGGUAGGCUCUUCCUUCCUGUUUCACUUCAGAGUGCCAUGAACUGCCAUUCAGAGUCGGGCUGGCAUGCCAUGAUGACUUAAUCUGAUCUUGCUAUUCCAGCCCUGCCCUGCAUAGAGUGGACUUAGAGAGAAGCUGGGGAGGGAGUUGAAACCACCCAGACAAGGCCUCUUGGUGACAUGGAGAAUGGGAGUGACCCAGGAGACCUCAAAAGCCAUUUAGUUCAACCUCCCACAGUAAUAUUAAAUAGAUUCCUACAAUGCAACAAGUGCUUUACAUACAUUCUUUUGGGUUCUCACAACCUUGGAGGUGGGGUUUCACGGGUGUGAAAUUGGAGAUUAAGACAAGUAAUUUGCCCAGGGUCACACUGCCAAUAAAGGGGGGGCCUACCCUAUGUCGACCAGGCAGUAGUCUGUGCCCGUGCCUUUAGAGGAUGCAGAUGUGAAAACUGCAGACCAGAGCCUCUCAUUCAAAACCACACAAGCUAACCUGAGACAGAAACUCUGGCUCCUAACUACUGAUCAAGGAAUCUAUGAUACGUGGCCUCUUCUGACGUCAGGUGCGGGGCGGCCAAGGAUGUGGUCCCGUCCCGGGCAGCCUGGGCCAAGCAUGACUGAGAAGAAGGCAGGCUCCGUUCUGGGCCCUCCAGACCCUCACCUCAGCCAAGGUGAAUAGCGCGCUCCCAGGAGGGCCCGGCGGGGCAAAGGGCCGGGCCAGUCCGUUUCUGGAGGAGCCAAUCUGGGGCCAGGGCGGAAGGCAGCCAAGUGCAGUGGAAAAACCCUGCACUUGGGGUCAGAAUAUCUGGGUUUCGAGCCAGUCUGGGACCCAGCAAAGACUUACAGCAAGUGACUUACAAGUCCGAGUCUCCACAUCUGCAAAACUGGGGCAAGGGUAAAAUAUACUUGAAAGGCACAGAAGCAAAAGUUGGAAUUGUUACGCACCAAAGUUCUAUCAUGCGAUCUGACCGUUGCCUCACGGUGCAGCUUCCAACAGUGCGGCCUCGGAGAGGCCGGGAAAGGAGCCCGGAAAAACUACAACUCCCAGGAGGCGUCGGCCGGGCCGGCGCGGAGUGGUGACGUCACGGGGGCCGGCGCGGAGCUCUGAUUCGGCCGGAGCUGCCAGCGGGGAGGCUGCCGCCGCGGGUUGUUACAGCUGCUGGAGCAGCAGCGGCCCCCGCUCCCGGGAACCGUUCCCGGGCCCUCGAUCUCCUUCCCCGCACGAACAGCGGAGAGGGGCGGCAGGAUGAAUGUGGGCACAGCGCACAGCGAGGUGAACCCCAACACACGGGUGAUGAACAGCCGUGGCAUCUGGCUCUCUUACGUGCUGGCCAUCGGGCUCCUCCACGUCGUGCUGCUGAGCAUCCCCUUCGUGAGUGUCCCUGUCGUCUGGACUCUCACCAACCUCAUCCACAACAUGGGCAUGUAUAUCUUCCUGCACACGGUGAAGGGGACGCCAUUCGAGACCCCGGACCAGGGCAAGGCGAGGUUGCUAACCCACUGGGAGCAGAUGGACUAUGGGGUCCAGUUCACGGCCUCUCGGAAGUUCUUGACCAUCACACCCAUCGUGCUGUACUUCCUCACCAGCUUCUACACCAAGUACGAUCAGAUCCAUUUCAUCCUCAACACCGUGUCCCUGAUGAGCGUGCUCAUCCCCAAGCUGCCCCAGCUCCACGGAGUCCGGAUUUUUGGAAUCAAUAAGUACUGAGGGUGCAGCCCCUUCCUCUGCCCAGGGUGACAGGGGAGGGGUAGGGGAAAAGGCCUGUGCUGCGACACUGAAGACAGAAGGAAGAAGCCUCUGGACACUGUCGAGGUGGGGGUUGAGCCUCUGGGCCUAGUUUCCCCCCUCAUUUCCCCCAGUAGCCAACUUGGAGUAGCUUGUAGUGGGGUUGGGGUGGGGCCCCCUUGGGCUCUGACCUUUUCUGAAUUUUUUGAUCUUUUCCUUUUGCUUUUUGAAUAGAGACUCCAUGGGGGUGGUCACGGAAUCGGCUGGGCUCCUGGGCUGACAUGGACCAUGCAUUGGGACAGGAGGCGGGGUGGGAUGGGGGAAACCCCUGCUCACUUGUUUCAGGCAGCCAAAGCACUUUAACCCCUGCGUAGGGAGCCGAGGGUGGUACGGCUUCUGGACUGUUUCACUGUAAUUCUGAGGUCUUUUCGAUGACACGCAGUGUGUGCUUGUGUGUAUGAAAGCAAGCGUGGGACGGGGCCUUGCCUUAAACCUUCUGGGCAGAGAGCUGUCUAAUCCGAGUUUUGGGCUUUCGGCAGCUUCCCUGCGACCCACCCUGGGUCCUGGUUGGGAGUGGGGAGGGUCAGGUGGGAGGAAGAUGGGGUGGAGCGUGGAUGGCUUGGUCCCAGAGGUAAGGGGGCCAGGGCUGCUGCCAUCCUGGCCUGUUAGAGGUUGGGGAGCUGCAGCGGGGAUAGGGAGUGGAGAGUUAGAAGAAUGGGGCCACGGAGCAGCAAAGCACCGAUGUAAGGGAGGGAGGGGACGGGACAGCAGCUAGACCCAGUCUUCUUUGGGAUGUGGGCAGGGAGGGAAGCAGGCUUGGAGGGUUAUUUUACCCACAGAGUGUGAUGGUAAUCGGGGAAGGAGGCUGCUGUGGGCUUAACUCCUGAGUGGGCUGUUGGGUGGACAGGUGGGGAAGAGGCCCACGAGUUGUUGUUAGUACAGGUCCGACUUGGCCCUGACUUCUGUAGGGUACAGGGAAGCUGUGACAAACGAUGGCUGCUGUGGUCCUCUGCAGGCCCUCACCCCUUCACCACCUCGUGUAGGCUGGCACUGGGCAGGGCCUCUCUUGUGGCAGGCACAUGUGGUGCUGUGAGGCCACCCCACAUGGGGUCAGUGGCAAGAGUCCUGUAGGACCUUUGGUCAAGCAGCACAGGGGAAGGAGCCAGGCGUGGCCUGUAGGUGCUGUCUCAGCCUGCAGAGAAGAAAGAGGCCGGGAGCCUGAGCCUGGGCUGGAGCCUUCUCCCUUCCCCUGGCUGACUAAGGGCAGUGUUAAUUCUGAAAAGGCGUGGGUACCUGUAUCCUCUUCCAGGGUCCCGGGGGAGCAGGAGAGGUCACUGGCCCUGUUUUCUGCCUCCUGGCCCUGCAUCUCCCACCUCAUGUAUCAUAGGGAACUUUCACCUUAAAAUCUUUCUAAGCAACGUGUGAAUAGGAUUUUUACUCCCUUUGUACAGUAUUCUGAGAAACGCAAAUAAAAGGGCAGCGUGUUCCUGUUU